UUGGAGUGAUCGUCAAUAAUUGUAUCAUUGCUAUCAUUUAAAUUAUUUAAAAUUUGUCAUGAAAUUGUUACUGGUCCUACUGUUACUAGCUGUGAUAAAUAUCGAGACGAAAGGAAGUGAACGUAAUAUACGCUAUUCAAAACCUAUAUUAAAAAGAGAAUUAUCAAUAACGGAGGUUGUUGGAGGGAAAACCACAAGUAUACUUUCUUGGCCUUGGAUGGUAUCGCUACACAAAAGAGGUAGGAGAAGCUUUAAUUAUCAAUGUGGUGGCUCCAUUAUUACAGACAAGUAUAUCUUAACAGCUGCACAUUGUUUCGAUUCGUGGUCUAAAAGAACUUCUGAUUAUAUCGUUAGAGUUGGAGGCCAUAAAAGAAGCGAAGGAAGGAAUUGUGGAAUUUCAAAGAUUGUAAUUCAUCCUCACUACAAAACUGGGCAAUAUUAUAAUGACAUUGCUAUAUUAAAGCUAAAUUCGCCCAUUCCCAACGUUACUCCCAUCUGUUUGCCUUUAAACAAUGAACGUUACGAUGGGAAAACUGUAACAGUUAUCGGUUGGGGGGAUACGUCAUACAAUGGACGUCCUGCUGAUGCACUUCAGGAAGCUACAAUAAAUGUCAUACCUAACCAUCAAUGUAAUGCUUCUUACACCCGAUUAAAGGACUCGUCAAUACCUAGAGGAAUCACGUCAGGAUUUUUAUGUGCAGGAAUCAGUUGGGGAGGAAAAGACGCCUGCGUGGGUGAUUCUGGUGGUCCUCUUAUGAUGGCUUCCCCUUCAGGUUGGAAAAUCAUCGGUAUAGUUUCUUUCGGUUACCAAUGUGCUAAACCAGGAUUUCCGGGUGUAUAUACAAGAGUAUCAAACUAUUUACAAUGGAUAUAUGAUAACAUUAAAUCAUAA